GUCCGGCCAUUAGGACAGAAAACAGCGUUUGCCAAGGCUACAUUGGGUCUUCUUUGUUGCGCACGGGCUUUCUCUAGUUGCAGCGAGCCGGGACUACUCUUCGUUGCGCAGAAGAUGGCUGUGCCUCCCACGUAUGCUGAUCUUGGCAAAUCUGCCAGGGAUGUCUUUACCAAGGGCUAUGGGUUUGGCAUAAUAAAACUUGAUUUGAAAACAAAAUCUGAGAAUGGACUGGAAUUUACAAGCUCAGGUUCAGCCAACACCGAGACCACCAAAGUGAAGGGCAGUCUGGAAACCAAGUACAGAUGGACCGAAUAUGGUCUGACGUUUACGGAGAAAUGGAACACUGACAACACACUAGGCACGGAGAUUACUGUGGAAGAUCAGCUUGCACGUGGCCCGAAGCUGACCUUCCAUUCAUCCUUCUCACCAAACACUGGGGAAAAAAAUGCUAAAAUCAAGACAGGGUACAAGCGGGAACAUAUCAACCUGGGCUGUGACGUGGAUUUCGACAUUGCCGGGCCUUCCAUCCGGGGUGCUCUGGUGCUGGGUUACGAGGGCUGGCUGGCUGGCUACCAGACGAAUUUUGAGACCGCGAAGUCUCGAGUGACCCAGAGCAACUUUGCAGUUGGCUACAAGACCGAUGAGUUCCAGCUUCACACUAAUGUAAAUGAUGGGACAGAGUUUGGUGGCUCCAUUUAUCAGAAGGUGAAUAAGAAGUUGGAGACUGCUGUUAAUCUGGCCUGGACAGCAGGAAACAGUUACACUCGCUUCGGAAUAGCAGCCAAGUACCAGAUCGACCCUGACGCCUGCUUCUCGGCUAAACUGAACACCUCCAGCCUGAUAGGGCUAGGAUAUACUCAGACCCUAAAGCCAGGUAUCAAACUGACACUGUCAGCUCUGCUGGAUGGCAAGAAUGUCAACGCUGGUGGCCACAAGGCCACAAGCUUGGUCUAGGGCUGGAGUUUCAAG